AUGGACGUUAACGCCAUAAUUGAUUGUUCAAACAUUGUUUGCAAUACUACACGUACCAAUUCAUCGAUAUGUCCACCUGAUAGUCAGUUUAUUGAAGAUCAUACUCCUCUUUUACGAACAUCAUUAUCUUCAUCAACAAAUCUUUCAUUAUUAUGUUGUCAACCUCGAGGUCAAUGUGUCUGUUCAACAUGUCCAAAAACAAUAUGUGGAGAAAAUUCAAUUAUUCAAAUACAUCGUAUAGGCAAUCGAGAUAUUCCAGGACAAUGUUGUGAUCAAUUUAAAUGCUUUCAGAACUCAAAACAAUGUCAUCAUGAUAAAAAAAUCUAUAAUGAAAAUGAAACAUGGUCUAUUGAUCAUUGUACUACAUGUACUUGUCGUGCUGGACUUGUCGAAUGUGCUAUGAUACAAUGUCCUACUUACACACAUUGUGGAUAUAUGUAUAAACCAGAAAAUGAAUGUUGUCCUAAAUGUGGAGGUUGUUUAAAUGAUCGUUCACAUGUUCAAGACAUGAAUUCAACAUGGAUUGAAUCAAAUGGUUGCAUGCGAUGUUGGUGUGAAGAUGGUCGAUCACGUUGUAUUGCCGAAGGAUGUAUAGCUCCACCUUGUGAAAAUCCCCGUCAAAUAGCAAAUAUUUGUUGUCCCGUAUGUAGUGUACCCGAAGAUGAUGUUGACUAUUCGCAUGAAACUGACGCAAGCAUUUCCACACAAUUACAUAAAACAACUGAUAAAUGUCCUCGACUUGAUAAAUGUUUAUUGGUAUGUGAACAUGGUUUAACUAAAGAUGAACAAGGUUGUUUACAAUGUGCGUGUUCAACCAUGUCAUGUCCAUCACCACUAUGUACACUUAAAUUUGAUCGAUCAUCAAAACAAUAUUGCUCAUGUAUAUCACCGAGCGGUCUUAAUUGUGGACAAUUAAAUUGUGAUAAACAUUGUCCAUAUAAUUAUUCAAUUGAUAAACAAACUGGUUGCCCAACAUGUGAAUGUAAUCCAUGUCCAUUAUUAGCUUGUACUAAAAAUUGUACGUAUGGUUUAAAACGAAAUGAAGUUGGUUGUCCAAUAUGUGUUUGUGAAAGUAAUAUAAAAACACAUAAUAAUACAAAAAUUACUGAUCUUUUAAAACCUUCACGGUCAAAACUAUGUUAUUCAGGUUCAUUGUCUUAUUCAAAUGGUGAAAUAUGGUUUGAUGGUUGUCGUCAAUGUUUAUGUCAUAAAGAUGAACCAUUAUGUGCACUUAUAUCAUGUCCAACUCCUAAAUGUUCACAACCAAUUCGUUUACCAAAUCGAUGUUGUCCUUCAUGUCCAGAAAUUCCAAUGUUACCUGAACCUAUUCCAUCAUCUCAAGUAUGCUAUGCCAGUCAAUAUGUUACUGGUGAAGAACUUGAAUUUGACACAUGUACAAAAUGUGUAUGUUUGCAUAAUAUUGCAUUUUGCAGUUUACCAUUAUGUCCUCCGUUACGUUGUUCAUCACCAAUAUAUGAUGCAUCUUUAUGUUGUCCAAUAUGUCCUCCUACAAAACCAGACUUAUUACCAACUAAUCAUAUAUCAAAUAUAGAUGAAGAUAUUUGUAUACUUGAUAAUGGAAUAAUAAAAAAUGCAGGAGAAUUAUGGAAACAUGAUGAUUGUCAAUCAUGUCUUUGUCCACGUGGUAAUGGUGGAAAAAUUGAAUGUUUUUCACAAACAUGUGAUCAAAAUUUACCAUGUUCAAAUCCAGUACUUAAAAAAGGUCAAUGUUGUCCAUUUUGUCUACCACCAACAGCCGCUGUUGCUGUUUGUAUUUUUAAUUAUGUUCAAUAUCGUUCGGGUGAACACUGGAAUGUAAGCGAAUGUCAUCGUUGUGAAUGUUUAUAUGGUACAAUUGUAUGCCAUCAACAUAAAUGUCCUUCAUUGACUUGUGUACAUACACUUACAUUAUCGGGUCAUUGCUGUCCUAUUUGCCGUGAUCAAUUACCUUUUAUUCACGAUCAAGGCAAACUUCCUAUAUCUCCAUCACGUUUAGGUGUGACAAUCGUUAUUAUAUUUUCCAUAUUAAUUCUUAUUCUUAUUUUUGUUAUAUUAACUCUUAUUUUCAAAUUAUUACAUGGACGACAUAGAUCUCUAUCAUCUCCAAAUCAAUCAACCACAAUUCAUCAUCGUUCACCUACAAAUUCUCAUCAUUCAACUAUGAUUAAUUCCAGACCAUCAAAUAUGUUUUCAUAUGUUAAAUAUGAUUUAAUGUCAACAUUAAAUGAUAAUCAUAAUGAUAAUAAUAAUAAUAACAAUGCAAAACAAAGUUUAUCAUCAUUAAGAAAUAUUCCAUUACAAUCACUUGAACAAACAUCAACACAUUCAAUGAUUGAAACAAAUACCACAACAAUAGGUACAAGUUCAUCAAAUAAUGAACUUGAACCAGCUACAUGGACUGAAGAUGAUGCUAUGUUACAAUGUAGUGCAUGUAGUAGUAAUGAUGAUGAAGAAGAAGAACAUGAAAUAAUUAGUAGUGAUAAUGAUGAAUCUCAUCAACAACAAUCGUCUCAUCCUGAAAUUCAUAUGAUUACUGGUCCUCCUACUAUUAUCUAUGUUUAA